CUCCUCUGUGAUAUUGUCUAAUCGGAUAUUUUUCCUCCCAUGCUUUGGAGGGAGAAGACAGUCAGGAACAAAUACACGAAAGCUACAGUGGUUAGUUUCCCAACCUGAAAUGUAUGAAAACUUUUGGUUUAAGCUUCCGACUAAGAAUUAAAAUAAAAAGUAGAAACGUGAAUAACUUCGUCGGAAGCCGACUCGAAACAUGGAAGAUCAAGACUUCACUCUGAGCGGUCCAAAUGCUGUUAGUAUUGAUGCUGACUUAAGGGUCCUGAAAAAUCACAUUCCAAUGUGUUUUAUUUUUGGCGGACCACGUGAGCAGGGCCAAGAAGAGCGAGUGUCCCUGACAAAACGGGAUGACACCUUGAAUAAGCUUGUUGAAGACUACUUUGGAUCUCAGACUGGGAAAGGAUUGAAUUUACAUGAAAAAACCUACAAAAACAGACUACUGAUCCAAGUGGGACUUCUAAGAGAAGACCAUAAACUCUCCUGGGGAGCAGUGGUAGACUGGCUUCAAAAGAUUUUCCCAAAGUAUCAGUCUGCAGAUUUCCGUUGUCUGAUUGAAAGAGGAAUUGCAACAACUUUAAGUUUGAGUGGAGAUGCAAGACAAACCUUCCUUGAGUCAAAUGUGAACUUUGAAUUUGUUGGGCCAAUAUGUGACAGCAUUGGAGUUGAGAGGGCAGAUCUUUUGGAGAUGUCAGAUUUUUCUGAGCAAGCAGGAUCUAUUGAUGUCACAAAUGGUUUGAUACUUGAGUUGAGUAACUUCGUCAUGAGAGAGAAAAUUGACCCGAUUGUUCUGGUGUCUUGGCUACGUCAUUUCAACCCGGAGUUCUGUAGUGAUGGUAACAUCCAAAAAGCUAGCAAAGUACUUCAAGCAAAGUUAAAAAAAUUCAAAGUACAUUACCACAGUUACCAAACAACCCGGCACAGGAGAAAUGCACAAAUGGAUACAUUCCUUCAAAGUCCAUUUGAACUUGUUAGUGACCCAAAUGAUGAAUAUAAAUCCAUUAAAAGAGGAAGAAAAAGAGGAUAUUUUUCAAAACACGAGAAACCAAUGGUUAAAGAAGAAAAUGAGACAUUAGCUAUAACAAAUGAGAGUGCGUGGGAACCUUACGCACAGGUGAAAGUGAAGGAAGAAUACGAGUCUCCAUCUGAAGAGGAUCAUCAUGCAAUAAACCAAAACACGUUCGAUCUGAUAGAGAAUCCUGAUGCAAGCAAAGGAGAAGCUCUUACACUGCUCGAUAUUGCCAUGCUUUCUGUUCAAAAACUGUCAAGCAUGUAUGGUGUGAAAACAGAUGCAUCCAAACAAGUUUCUCUUGAUCUUCUGAAAAACCAGUACACUAUGACUUGUAAUGAAAAUGUAGCCAUGAAAUUCUUUGAAGAAAAAGUCGCAUCCCUUAAAGAUCAACAUUCCAUGGCAUUGCCCUUGCAAUUUCUACACUACAAUGCCCAUUUUCUUGUGGAUAUUCAUGACGCAAUUGAACAGCAGAUGAUGAGCUUUGAAAACGAGAUCAUGCAAUCUACUAAAGAAAAACUAGGCCGUGACAGGAACGCAAAAUUUAGAAGAUUUGUGAACUUUGCUGAAAGUUCCACAUCACGCUACAUUCACAUGGCCUGUGAUGUCUUGAGUCCCCGUAAUGCAUCAAAGCAGAACUACAGAAAACACUGGAUUGCUUUCUGUGAAGAGAAGAACAAUCCCUCCAAAUUGACUGUCAACCGCUCAAACCGAUUCAAUAAUUACUUUGAAGCAGCAGCAGGUCUCAUUCACCAUCAUGGUGAGAUUGCCCUUUUCUUUUCUGACCUACUGUUACUCAACAACGAUCACUGCCCCAAUGUUAUUCUGGAGAGUGUUACUGAUGAUGCAAAUGACGACGUCAUACAGUCACUUGUAUGCGUUCUUGCCAUUGUUUACUGUAAAAUCCUGGGUCCUUACUGGCAACUGCUGAAAAGUGGAGGAGAGUACUCCCUCUAUAGCCAGUAUAUACUUUGCCUGUACCAAAAACUGCUAGAGUGGGCUAAGGAUGCCUCCCCCCUCCUUGAGCCAGAUACCAUAGCAAAUGUUUUUCUUCAGUUGCCUCUGCAAGAGAAGACUUUUAGCGGUGUUUUUUCAUACUUUACAACCGGCUCAGGGCACAUACAUAUUGACCUCAUAAGGGUCUGUCUUCAGAAGAUGGUGAAAGUGAUCGCGGCUGUAACCGAAGUGAAUCUGAGUGAUUUUUUGCCUGGGGGUGCAUACUGCCACAACCCACCUUUGGAAAUUGCCACAAAACUGACAACCUGCACAUUUUCUGUCUUGAUGGCUGAAUACCCCUUUGGGCACUCAUACCCAUAUAAAAAGAAGAGGCCAGAUCGGCAUAUAAUCCUCCUAUCAAGUAGCUUCGAAGAACCAGAGGGCCAUUCCAUUACAUCUAAAAGAGUUUGUCCUGUUGAUAUAACAAAUGAAGACAGGGCAACUUCCAAAACUGUUCCACGAGAGACAUACUCCCCUCUUUUCAAGAAAACAACUAUGGACAAAAGCAAGGCCCAGAAAAGGCCAGUAGGACGCCCGAGAAAAGUUCCUGCUCCAGUGACCAAGGACCAUUUUCUGCAAGACGAUAUAAACAGAAAUGCGGUCAUGGCUGCUGUUGCCAAAAACGGAGGACCUUGCUCCUGCAAACAAGAUGUUGACAGACUAUUGGCCCGAUUAGAAGGAACAAACCACGCUCAAAAACGUGAAGCAAUCCGCUGUGAGAUCAGUUACCAAAAACUGGUCCUAGGUUCCAGGGACACUAAUCUGAAUCAUAUUGGUUUUUCGCUCGCAGACAUGAUCUCAAAGCUGAAAAGCGUGUUGCCUGGCGAAGAUUGUAGUUUGGAUGUCUCAGCCGCUGGACAAGAGGAUGAGAGUGAUGCCAAUGAGCACAAUGAGCAGUAUGAUAAUGAAACUGACCCAACAACCCCAGAGUCUGAUGAUGCUCAGACUGGACAUCACAUCAACCAUAAAAGUGAUGUUGGAAAGGGAAAUACAGGUAUUGACAUGCGUCGAAACAAGAGCCUUGUAUCUUUUCAGAGUUACCGAGGGAACUUUGAGGAAUUUCCCUAGAUAUUGUAGGAUGUUAUAGGAAUUCUAGAAUAUGGGUUGAGGCAUGUUACUAAUAAAAGCAUUUACUGCAGUAUGAUGUGCUAUUCGUUUAACUGAGCCGACUGUGUUAAACCGACUGUCUUUCUUGUUUGUAAACAGUUCAUGCCCAAUAAUGUACUAAACCCAAAAUGGUGCAUGUCCAAUAAUGUACCCACCCCAAUGGUAUUAGUUGGUCCUAUGAGCCAUAUAAGCCCUUUGUGCUAUUUUAGACAGGGUGGUUUAUAUUUUUUAGUGGGAAGAUGUUGUAUUCAAGACAGGUUUCUACAAGCCUAAAGUUGUAUGUUAAUUAUGUUUCUCCUAUAGAAGCUAUGACAUGUUGAAAAAAAUAAAUCCUGUCAUGUUAUAGGAAACUGUUUUGUAUGAUUUCAUCUAUAUGUAUAUUUUGGACAAAAUAGUAUAUUAAAGUUACAUUUUCAAAAUA